GUGAAUUUUCGUAGGGGCGUGACAUUAACUCUCUCACGUGACUCUUCCACCAGCGAUUCCUCCAGAGUAGCUUGCCUCGCUCGCGUCGUGGCUUGCGCUGAAAGAUGGCCGCGGUGGAGCAGCGCCCGCCUGUGCGGGAGGGAAUGCGGAUCGCGGUGCUGUGCCUGUUCUGGUACACCGUCAGCUCGGGUGGCAACGUGAUUAAUAAAAUCAUCCUCAACGGCUUCCCCUAUCCGGUCACGGUCUCUCUUUUCCAUAUCCUUUCUAUCAUCGUGUUUCUCCCGCCGCUGCUACGAGCCUGGGGCGUCCCGCGAGUGGAGGUACCGGCCCGCUACUACCGCUGGUACAUUCUCCCGCUCGCCUUUGGGAAAUACUUCGCAUCCGUCUCGGCCCAUUUCAGCAUAUGGAAGGUUCCGGUGUCGUACGCGCACACCGUGAAGGCCACCAUGCCCAUCUGGGUGGUUCUGCUGUCACGGAUUAUCAUGAAAGAGAAGCAAACCACAAAGGUUUAUGUGUCUCUGAUCCCAAUCAUUGGAGGCGUCCUGUUGGCCACUGUCACUGAAUUGUCCUUUGACGUCUCUGGAUUGAUCAGCGCUCUGGCAGCCACGCUCUGCUUCUCUUUACAGAACAUAUUCUCCAAAAAGGUCUUGCGUGACACAAGGAUUCACCACCUCCAUUUACUGAACAUCCUGGGCUUCAAUGCACUUUUGUAUAUGCUGCCCACAUGGAUUUUAGUGGACCUUUCCUCCUUCCUGAUGGAUGGAGACCUGAUGGAGGUUUCCAACUGGACGGGAACAAUUGUGCUGCUCCUCAUCAGUGGUAUCUGCAACUUUGCACAAAACAUGAUCGCUUUCAGCGUGCUGAACCUGGUCAGCCCACUCAGUUACGCCGUAGCCAACGCAACAAAGAGGAUCAUGGUCAUCAGCAUAUCCCUACUGAUGCUCAGGAACCCCGUCAGCACCACUAACAUUAUCGGCAUGAUGACAGCAAUACUAGGUGUCUUCCUCUAUAAUAAGGCGAAGUACGACUCCAACCGGGAGGCCAAAAAGACACCGCUGCCAGUUUCAACACAGGAUAUGGUGUCAUUCGACAAGCCCCAGUCCAACGGCACCGGGCCCUUCACACACAGCUCAGACUUUCAGUACGGUCGGAGCACAGUACUCACCGACCACUUUCAGUACAGCCGACAGGCCUACACAACGAAUUACAGCUCCAAUCAGUAUGUUGUGUGAGUGGAGCACUUCGGAGGACUCUAUAGACUGUUCCCAGACUCCUGUGCUUCUGAGGAUGCAUCUUUCAUACGAACAAGGAAGUGUCGAAUUGACUGGAAAAGGAAUGUUUACUCACAGAAUCCUACUGCUUUUUUUUUUCCUUCCUUUUUUUUUUUUUUCCACAGGCCUGUUAUUUAUUUCAUUACAAACUUUGUUGUGUUUUCACAUUUAUUUUAAAUUCUCAGUGGUAUGUGUAGGCUAUAGGAAGGUGCUUGGAACUUUUUUGAUUAUUUUUGCACAGCAUGCAUUUCAAUGCAUUUCAGAAUGUAGCGUCUUCAUCGCCAUCAUGCUACUGCGAGUGAGGGACAGACAGACACGCAGUCAUAUAACAUACACUGGGUCACUGCAAAUACAACUGCAUCAGGGUAUUAGUCAAUGUUCUUAUUUUGCUUUUUAUUUGUAAAUAUUUUAUUUAUUUUUAUAGAGGAAGGUGCAUUGGUUGACCAUAUCAUGGACUGAUAACACCCCUUUGAAUUUUUGAAUGUCUGUGAGAGAAUCACUUUUUUUUUUCCUCCUGAGGUAUUUAAAUCAGACAAAGGUCACUGUACAAGAUCACUUGAAUCACGGUGUACAUUCAUAUGCAUGAUUAUUAUUUUCUGUAUCUUUGUUUUUUUGUACUGAAGGGGACUUGUCAGAUACAAUGGCCUUAACUUAUGGGUCAGUUUAAUUAAUAUUGAAUGAGAAGGUUCAUAAAACAAUUUAUUAUUAUUUUUUCUUUCUGGAAGUUGACAUUCUUUACAGUUAAAUUUGUUUAAAUUCUUAUUUCCCCAAACUGCAAUCUAAUAAAAAGUCUGAGGACAGUGUUUAAAAACUGCUGGUUCCUCGACAACAAACUCUAAUAUUCCUUUCAAUCAUGACAGACGGAGGUCUUUCAAGCCCUGUAAAACCUGAAUCUGUGGACAAAAUUUUAUGGUAAAAAUGUGUUAAACAGAGCUGAGAGCACUUCACCUUUAUUAGUAGCUGAAAGCAUUAAUAACCUAGCUAGAAUAUUUCAUAAAAAGGUGGGUUAUUUCAUAACUUUUUGAUUUGGAGAUUUCUUGUGGGCCUGCUUUUUGGGUAUUAACUGACCCGUUACCAUCUUUGUUCCCAAAGUUAUACCAGUUUUAGCUAAAUGUGCGAGGUGGUAUUUUAGUUUAAUAUUUGUAAGCUAGGUGUUUUUUUUUUUCUCUCUCUCUCUCUCUCUCUCUCUCUCUCUCUCUCUCUCUCUCUCUCUCUCUCUAUUUCUCCAUUUCUAUGUCGUGUCUUGCUGCUGGAAAGUUAGACACAUUUUUGGCAAAAAGCAUGCACAUUCUUGCAUAACUGCAUAGAGAAAAGAACUUGGAGAGUUCUUUUUUUAAAAUAUAUAUAUUUUAAGUGUUAUGGAUUUUAAAAGGCAUCAUGGCUUUUUUGUGUCGUGAAUUUUGAAAGACAAGGUUCACGUGACAUUCUGUCUUUAUGUCUCUUUAUAUAUUGUGAAUUUAGAGGAUCAGUUCAGGCAGAUGAAGUGGUUCAUUAAUUGAUACUGUAACUUCAGCUGCCAAAAAAUGAAAGGCUGUGGGUGUGGUCUCUUCCUUCUGUCUGUUUUUUUUAUUGGUUCACACCUUUUGCUCUUUCAUUGUGAAAUCACUAGAGGUGUGCAAAUUUCUUCUCAGUGCCGAUUUUCUUUUAGUUUCCCCAAUUCUUAGAGUUUUAGAUGAUUGGUUGUAAAUGUACAAGAAAUACUAUGGCUGACACAACAGUUCUUAGCACUGGAAUCUCAGUCUUGGAAAACAUUAGUUUUGAUUUUUGUGUUGUAUUACACAGUAAAUAUUUGUAAACUGAGCCUAAACCUUGGAAAUAUUCAACUCAACAGAACCAAUAUUACAGUGUCUUUAUCUUCCCAUUCAGAAUAUCAUGCACUACUGUAGUAUUUGAUGCAUUUUCAUUCAGCUUUAGAAUGUUUAAGCUCUUAGACCUUUUUCCCUGGGAGACUCAUAUGUGUCUCUAUAAUCUGACAGUCAUGUUGAAUCCCGUUUAGUUUUUUUUUUUUCCGGUUUGUUUUUCUAUGGUGUGGAAAUGCAUUGUCACACUUUCUGUGUUGAGAUAGUUUCACCUUCAGCCAGUGUUUUAUAUGAUUUGAUUUUAAGAUGCCUUGGUACGGUUAAUGUUGCAUUUUUUGCUUGUCAACUUAAAGGUUAUAAGAUGACUUAUUUUUAAAUGUGAAAAUAAAGAAGAUUAAUUGA